GUGAAUGAAGCGAACGAGUGCGUACUCAUCGUUUGAACUUGGAGUUUACACAGAGCACCAUUACCAGCUAGCCAUUGAGCCAGUAAGCAAGCCGUGUGUGCGUGUCCCAGGUAAAAAUAUUUUUACUACUAAAGUGCCCGUUUGUCAGAUUGUGGUGCAAGUUUGACGAGUGCUGUCGAAUAAAGCACAUAACCAACGAUCGAAACAAACAGAGCACGAAACUGUGGGAACGAAGCAAAAGUGAAAAAAAUCUAUUCUUUGUAGCCAUCCGCCAUGAACAGGCAACGCCGCGUAAACACCGUAAAUGCAAAGGAGAGAUUUUUCAAGUUUGAUCCACGGGAGAAGUUGUACGUUUGCAGUAUCGGAAAUUGUGACGGAAAAUUGAAAGGCAAAGAGAGCAGUUUGCGACGUCAUAUUGCCCAUCGUCAUCCAAAGAUUGCGCUUCAAAUCGGCCUGACCGGAUAUCAACGACCGACGGAACGAUUGACUCGAAUGGUUAGUGACCCACCAACGAAGAGAAUACGAACGAUCGUCUUACCGGUGCAUCAGGAUCAUUUUUUCAGUGGUUUGAUUGAAAUGGUUGUCAUCAAUUUAGUGCCGCUGUCAUUUUUCGACAGUCCCGCAUUCUCGACCACCAGCGGUUUACUGGCUUCACAUCUGGGAAUUGAUUCAGAUAGUAUGUCGAUUGCAAAUGCCAUCUCAGAAGUAGCGGAUGUGCUGCGAGGUUUGAUUGCUGCCGAGCUGAAACAUAAUAUGUACAGCAUCAAAUUCGAUGCUAUCGCACACGGCGGGCGCAAGCUGCUAGGGAUGAAUGUUCACUACCUGAAAAAUGGCGAGUUUAUUGUGAGAACGCUUUCGAUGGAAGACGUAACUGUUCCGCAAACUAUGGAUGUAUUGAAAAGCCGGGUAGAGGCCGUAUUGGCAACCUUUCAGAUUGAUCUUUGCAAUGUGUACUCGUGGAUUACGGACAACGGGAAGAAUAUGGUGAAAUGUGAUUCACAAAAAGUGGAUAUGGUCCGAGUGAAAACCGAAGAAAGUGUUGGUGAUGGACUCGGCAAUCUGAGCUACGUUACCGUAGUGGAAGCCAACCCGAAUAGUACUGACGAUGCCACUGAUCUAAGCUCUAAACAUCAGCCUGCUGAUGACGAUAUUGAUAUUUUUGAAAACAACACGGAUGAAUCGUGGGAAAAAACGAUAUUGGAAGACGACACCAUCACCGAUGAAUUGUUACAAAACCUAGAAAACCUGUUUUUGCCGGACGAAGAAAAAUACUCCACCACGAUCAAAUGUGGCAUGCAAACGUUGUUUUUCGUGGUGAAAGAUUCGCUAAAUAGUGUAACCAACGAAACACUCAAUGCCAUCAGAAUGGUAGUCCGAGCUACCCGGCAACCCGAAUAUAGGAAACUGUUUGAGCUUGCCAACAUACCGCUUCCCAAAUCAGAUACUGUCACCCGAUGGGGAUCACUGUGGAGCAUGGUGGAGAGUGUUUUCAAGUAUCGUAUUUUCUAUGAAGACAUGGGCGCAAAAAUACCGGAACUAUACUUAUCCAGCAGUCAGUGGUCUUUCAUGGAGGAAUUUAUCGCAGCCUACGAACCGAUCUUCAAAGCUGCCGAAACACUUCAAACAGAAAACUGUACGAUGGGUGAUGUCUACAAAUCGUUAAAACUGGUUCAGUACAAAGUUAAAAAGAUCUCAGCAAUUAACCGCUUUGUCCCGCCAAUACUGCAAGCUAUCGAGAAACGAAUGAAGACACUAUAUGAGAAUGAUCUGUUCAAAACUGCGCUACUGUUUGAUCAGCGGUGGUGCUUCUUGGAUUCGCCUUAUUACCCAAAGGAAGACAAACUGCGUGCAAUUGACUAUGCUCUGAAAAUCUAUAAUCUUCUGAAAUCCAUAAAAAAGUAUUCAGUGGAAGCUUUAACCAAGGUGGAACACCCCUGUGGUCCUGUUCCUGAAGACGAGUUCGAGGCGAUGCUGGAGGAAGAAUGCAUGAACGAAUCCAGCACAGCGGAAAACUCUCAAGUGGAUCUGAAGCUGAAGCUGAUCCAACUGGCAAACACGAAAACUCGGAUGCCCAUCGGUACGGACAUUCUGAAGCACUGGGAAGCCAAGAGGAUUGAGGACAACGAGCUCUACGAGCUGGCCAUGAUUGCACUCGGUACCCCAGCCACCCAGAUCACCCUGAACCGAUGCUACAAGGCGAUGAAACUGAUCCGGGAUCAGAACAUACUGCGAAUGUCACCCCACACCCUGCACGAUAUGAUGAUUAUAAGGCUAAAUGCGGAUCUGCUACCGGAAGCAAUCAACAAGCUGCGGAAGCCGUUGUAUACCUCUUAGAAGUCGCGCAUGAUGCAUGGUGGUUCUAGUGUACAAAUUAAUGUAAAUAAAUUAUCCUGCUAAGCAGACAUUGCAAAAAGUCAAUAGUUUUAUGCUCUAAUUUAUGUUGAUGACGAAGCUUUGUACGUAAGCAUGUUCUGGUACAAUAAAAUGUUCUGUUCAAAUGAAACAAAUAAGAAAUAA